UUUGCUUACAUCUUCAUUUUCACUGUUUAUGGUUUCCUUGCCGCACAAUUUGACUACUUUGUGACCGAUUUUUGUUUUAUCGAUGGCAACACGGGUUUUCAAAGUCCAUUGAAGAGUGAAAUUUGAUUUGGAAGUGAUCGUGAAGUUUUCAAGAAAUUUUUUGUGUGUACCAUCAAUGGAUACUGAGCCGCCUCUGCCUCGAAAAGCAUUGUUUCAGAAGCAAAGGGGAUUGACAUCAAAACAUUCUCAAACUCUUGGAGAGUCAUCUGGUUAGCUAUGAUAAAAAUGAGAUUAUGAGCAGCAAGGCAAAAAUACAGUUUGAGCAUGCUCUGGAGGUUAGCUUGAAAUCUUUUGAAAGAGAGCUUCAUCUUCAACGUUUGGAAAAUUUAAGACAACUAGCUGAAAAGUUAAAAGAUGAUGCUUGGAUGUAUUCUGAUUUAGAAGCAACGUUAGGUAUUUGAGUUAACUACGCCAUAGGACAUAACAUGUCGUCCUGCGAUCCUGUGGUACUGAAUUAUGAAAACUGUUUGCUACGACAAUCUGAUGUGCAGCUUCUAAAUCCUCCAAAUUGGCUGAAUGAUAAUAUUAUUUCUUUUUGGUUUGAAUAUUUAGAAAAUGAUGUUUAUAAAGAUUAUAAAAAAGUGUUUGGAUUUAUUUGUCCUCAAGUGGUUCAAUAUUUAAAAUUUGGACUUCCAGAAGAUAUUAAAUCUACAAUUGAAGGCUUGGAAUUAAAUAAAAAACAGUAUGUUUUUUUCGCAGUGAAUGACUGCAGGGCACAAACUGUUCCUGGGGGUACACAUUGGAGCCUUCUUGUUUACAAUGCACGUGAAAAUACUUUUGAACAUUAUGAUUCUUAUCCUGGAAGUUGUAAUCUUUCUGUGGCUGAGAGCUUAGCAAAAGGAUUAGCUGCAUUUUUAAGGGAUUCUUCUCAGUUUGGGCGAGCUCCUUCUAUUCAUGAGAUGCCAUGCACUCAGCAGAAUAAUACUUAUGAUUGUGGUAUGCAUGUAAUUUGUAAUACAGAUGGCCUAUGUCGUAAAUAUUCAACUCAUGAUCCAAGGCCCUUGUCUGAAAUAGUGCCUUUAAGUGUUAUAGCUAAUUCUAGAGAAACACUGAAAGAUAUUAUUUUUUCUUUGAAGAAAUGAUUAAAGGUUUGAAAAAAUAAUUCCAUUUCCUAUACUUAAGAAUUCUUUUUUGAUGUUAAUUUAAUGUAAAUAUUCAUAUUAAUAAUAAAUUUAGA